ACUUCUGAAAGUGGAGACGCAACCGGAUGUUACCAACUAACUCAUCCGGCAGCUGAGAGGCCGUUUAGCACUUUAGCUAACGUCAUCUAAACCGUGAAAACCUUUAGAUUUUAACAAUUACUUCAUAUUGUAAUUUGACACCACCAAAGAACAAACAUGAUUAAAGCCAUCUUGAUAUUCAACAACCACGGAAAGCCGCGGCUGAUCAGAUUCUAUCAGUAUUUUGCGGAGGACAUGCAGCAGCAGAUCAUUCGGGAGACUUUCCAUUUGGUGUCUAAACGUGACGACAAUGUUUGCAACUUCCUGGAGGGUGGAAGUCUAAUUGGUGGCUCUGACUACAAGCUGAUUUACCGGCACUACGCAACCCUCUACUUUGUCUUCUGUGUGGACUCGUCUGAGAGUGAGCUCGGCAUCCUGGACCUCAUCCAGGUGUUUGUGGAAACGCUGGAUAAAUGCUUUGAAAACGUGUGUGAGCUGGACCUCAUAUUCCACAUGGACAAGGUCCAUUAUAUCCUGCAGGAGGUGGUGAUGGGAGGCAUGGUGCUGGAGACCAACAUGAACGAGAUCGUAGCUCAGGUUGAAGUGCAGAACCGCAUGGAGAAGUCAGAGGGAGGUCUAUCAGCGGCCCCUGCUCGCGCCGUCUCUGCCGUGAAGAACAUGAACCUCCCCGAGAUUCCCCGCAACAUCAACAUCGGAGACAUCAAUAUCAAAGUGCCGAGCCUCUCCCCGUUCUGAGCAGCGUUCCAGCUGAGCUCUGCAGGGCUGAUGUACUACUGAUGCAGUUCCCCUCCACCCACUUCUGUGUUAAAUACAGAGAAAACAGUUUUAUAUGUGUUUAACUGGAACCACAGCUGCUUGUUCUCCCCCUCAUUCCUAUCUUAUUACAUUAGGGGAGAUAAGCAGUGGAAUAUUUUUCAGUUUCUGCUGUAUACAAGUUACAGAUUCCUCCAGCUGAAGGAUUUGCACAAUAAUGUAAAUUUUGAUUCUAUGAAGCAUUAAGAAAAAUAUUAAUAUCGAUGUAUUUUCUUCUGUUAUUUGUGUUUUACUUUUAUUUCUCUAGUUGAUUUCCUACUCCCUUAAAAAGAGAAAUGAAGAGUGUUGGCCCAGUGCUUAUUUUCCUGUAAAACUCUUCCAAAUCUCUGACAUUCAUUAGCAGUCUCCUGUCCAAGGUUUAUAAGUUUCCCUCUGUCAGGAGGGAGCUUUUGGACAUGACACAGCUCACUGUCAUACGAUCUUUUGGCUUCUGUGUUGGGAUAUAAUUACUCAAACACAUCUUUAUCUCCGGUUCCAAGUGUGUGUUCAUACAGACUGGGAUUUAACUCUCUGCUUGUCACAAUUUAUCCCCCCAGCCCCCUCUGUAAUAUAUUGUGUGUUUGACAUCUUUGUGAUUUGUGAAUAACGUUAUUGUUCUCCUGGGUGCAGACUGUGCUCAGUAUAGUAAAUGUAAAUUCAGUU